AUGGUUGGCGAAAUUCGCAAACUGAAUGCAACUGUUGCUAACACCAUCGCUGCUGGAAAAUCUGUAAAGUGCAUUACCACAGCGGUCGGAAUGCUAUUGGAAAACAGUAUAGAAUCCGGUGCUUCAGAGGUGGAGGUAGUUCUGGAUUUGGACCACUAUGCGUUCACUGUGCGUGACAACGGAUGUGGCAUGAACGCUGCAGACUUGCUGUAUUUUGGACGUCUUGGAUACUCUUCCAAAGGUGCAGAAUCUGGUCUCACACGCCACCAGGGUCGUAGCGUUCACGAAAUAUCAUGCUUGGCAAAAGUUACAACGCUAACCAGAGCUGCUGAUGACACUUUUGCUUACUCAAAACGUCCCAAGGGCGAAAUACAACCUUGUGACUUUGCGAUGCCUUACGGGACGUCAAUCGUCGUAACAGAUUUUUUUUUCAACGUUCCCGUUCGUCGUCAAGCUUUGCAAGCAACUUCGAAAAGUCUACUCUACGACAAGCUUCGCUUCAUGGUUUUUGAUCAGCUGGUGGUGCACCCAGAUCUGCAGGUCUCAGUCACAUCUGCAACUAUGCUGGAAAAUGGGUUUUCAAUUUUUGAAUGCCAGAAACUUGACUCAGCCGUAGUUUCUGAGACUGAAAAACUAUCGCACUGUUUGUUCAGCGUUUUUGGCUUCUCCUCUCAGAAUUACGGCAUGAAGCCGGUUCGUGCACAAUUCAAAAGCUAUACACUGGUGGGUUUGAUAUCAACUGAGCUGUCCUCCAGUAAAGAGAUGCAGCUUAUAUACAUAAACGGUAAAAGGUGUCGGGAUAAAGCUUUGACAAAACCAAUCUCCCAGCUGUUGUCAAACGCCAAGCUCCAAAAUGGGCUUGACUCGCGUCGACAGUACUUUUCGUAUGUGCUCAAAUUCUCUACCCCAUCAGAAACAGAUGGUGGAAAUUUUCUCGAGAUGCACUCAAACCACUCUAGUGCGGUCAGUGUAUUGAAGUCUCUCAUUUCUCGCAUCGUGAAUACGGGCUCCAAAAUUGGCAGUUGGUCACCUCGCAAGCGAAAAGUGCGCGAACCAGAGACCAAUUUAAAACGCCUUCAAACUCGAGAUUUAGCCAAUGAUGAUUCAAGUGUCUUUUUCACGUCGUUUGGCAAAUCGGAGCUGGAAACAUUUGCAGUUGUUGAUCAGAUUGAUAAAAAGUUUAUUCUUCUCAGAGCAACAAGGUUCAACAACCCCAAUUCUCCAGUAUUGAUUCUAGUCGAUCAACACGCUUGUGAUGAACGCAUCAAGCUGGAAUCAAUGCUUCAGGAAUUUAUAUGUGAGUUUGCACUUUUUCCCCAUGCAUUGUUUGCGGAUGUCAACUUCAACAUCACAGUAACACUGCGAGAGUACCAAAUCAUCAAAGCUUUUGAAACUGAGUUUUUUAAAUGGGGCUUACGUUAUAAGCUUGAAUCUUUAAACGAGGGGUCCUCCGAAGUCGUCCUAGUAAUGACCACGCUACCAAAGAUUUUACAGCAUUGCUCGAAAAGCGAUCUCAGAAAGUUACUACUUAGGCAUGCGGAUGACCUUCGCUUGUUUAGAAGGGCUUGUGUGAAUAAGGUUUCUGUUGCAGACAACUUUGAGUGGUGGAAUUAUACCAAGUGCAUGCCUUCAAUGUUGCUAGACAUUUUACGUAGCAAAGCAUGCAGGUCAGCUCUCACAUUUGGUAAGGAGCUAUCAAAAACAGAGUGCGAAUUGAUGGUAGCCGCUUUACGCAAGUGUAGAAAUCCGUUCUAUUGCGCUCACGGACGACCUUCACUAGUUCCUGUCACCACCGUCUGCGAGUUUGAAGGAGCUGGCUUCAAUUCGGAUUAUGCUAUAGAGGCGGAUUAG